GGCGCGCACGCGAGGCCUCCCACCGCGCCUGCGCUGAGGCUGGACGCUGGUUCGCCUUUCCCCGACGCCCAGCCGACCCGGCCGGGGUGAAAAAUUGCGUGACACGCAGCAAGCGUGGCGGCCAUCUUCGUCUGCUGGGCACGUCAGCUGAGCCGGUUAGUGCUGAAGCGGGGCGCUGCGCAAGCGCACCCAAGACGGUCACAGGUAACUCCCAUUUGACGGGCGAGGCGUCGCCGCCGUCGCCGGAAGUUUGGUGUUAGCGCCGCGGGGGAGGCGGCGGCCGCGGCAGAGGCAGCUGAGUGUCUACUGGUACCCGGAUGUGAGGCGAUCUGCUCGCUCCUGCCGGACCCCUGGGCCAGGCGACGGGAAGAUUCUCAAGCACAAGAAGUCGAUAGAGGCAUUGUUCAUUGGAAGCAUCACAAAUCGACUUAAAGAAAAAGUUGAUAAAUGAUUUCACUAAGGUGCUGUGUAACGUUGUUAAGAGCAUAUUAUAAGGAAUGAUUUUGUCAAAUUUUCAUGAGUUAUGGUUGCUGAUACAUCAGUUCUGUCUUGCAGGAAAAGAAUUAAAUGGCAGCAAAAAAGGAAAUUUAUAUUAAUAGAGUACUUUAUUAAACGAAGGAGAUUAGAUAAGAACUGCAAGCCAACAGACUCAGCAAGCAAGGAAAGAAACGUGUUAGCCAUAAGACAUGUUUCACAUGAAUCAAAGUCCAGUAACUGUAGACUUCAGAAGAAAAAAGUUUUCAAAAAUUUCGGCAAAACAGCUAAGUCAGUGAUAAAUAAUUCUUCCAGUAAUAGAGCUAGAUCUGAAACCAGUAUUAAUUGAAAAAUUGCUAGAAACAGAUUGAACCGGAGUUAAAUUUCUUAUCAUAAAAACUUUAAAAAAUAUCCAAUUAGAAUUAAAAUUUCCUCAAAUUUCUAUUGCCUUGUCCGAAGUAAAAUUAUCUCUCAGCAUUUAUGCCAGCUUUUCUCGUGUCUUAGAGAUGACAGGCAGAAACCUUACUUGAAGCCAACUAGUAUUUUUGUUGAAAAUGUUAUAAUAGCAUCAGUUAAACUUGAUUUUUAAGACCUGCUCCUCAGUAAUACUAGCUACUUAGCAAUCGUGCCUACCAGGACACGAAAAUCCUUUCAGAAGCUACUUAGAAAAGAAAGACAUUACUCAGGAAUGAUGUCCAUUCAGGAGAAAUCAAAAGAAAAUUCUUCCAAACUUUCUAAAAAAAGUAAAGAUAAGAAUGUAGAAACAGAAAUGCAAGGGUCUCAAAAUAAUUUAGCACGAAAUUCUGGUUCAGAGGAAGCUCUAAAAUCACCGGUUAAAUCUUCCAGUGAAAGUAAAAUAAAUCAGCCUGAAUUGGGAACACGCAUGAGUACAAGGUCAGCAAAGGCAGUGUCCAGUGAUAAAAAAACUGCUAAACCCAUUAAUAAAAAUAUGGUGGUUGUGAAGGGAAAGGGGCAAGAAUCCACAAAAAAAAAGUUAUCUCAGAAAAAAUUGGCACAUGAAACCCCAAAAGUAAACGAACAGCUUAACCGGAGAUCGCAAAGACUACAACAGUUAACAGAGGUUUCAACAAGAUCUUUGCGUAGUAGAGAAAUUCAGGGUCAACAAGUUCAAGCAGUUAAACAGAGUUUGCCACCAACAAGAAAAGAGCACUGUAGCAAUACUCAAAGUAAAUCUAAUAAAGUUAAAACGAGUCAAAAGCAUGUAAAAAGAAAAGUACUGGAAAUAAAAUCUGACUUUAAAGAGGAUGAAAAUCCAGUAAUUAAUGAAGUAAUAAAUUCUCCAAAGGAAAAAAAGCGUAAAGUCGAGCAUCAGACAGCUUAUUCUUGUAGUUCUCAGUGCAGACAAGGAUCCGAAAAGUGUCUUCAGAAGACUACUAAAAAAGAGGAAACAAAACCUGUGCCUGUAACUUCUGAGAUAAAAAGAUCAAAAACGGCUACGUCCGUGGUCUCUCUAAAGAAGGAAAUGAAGUCGUCAGUUCAUACACAAGUGAAUGUUAGUGCAACAUCCCAAAAGAAUCCGCAGCCAUCAGUGCCUGAACCAAGCGUAGAUGAGCUAGAGCAAGCUGGAAAGAGCAAACGGGGUAGCAUUCUCCAGCUAUGUGAAGAAAUUGCUGGUGAAAUUGAGUCAGAUACAGUAGAGGUAAAAAAGGAAUCUUCACAAAUGGAAAGUGUAAAAGAGGAGAAGCUUACCGAAAUAAAAUUGGAAGACACUAGUGUUGAAAGACAAAUACUUCAUCAGAAAGAAACAAAUCAGGAUGUGCAAUGUAAUCGUUUCUUCCCCAGUAGAAAAACAAAACCCGUGAAAUGUAUACUAAAUGGAAUAAACAGCUCAACUAAGAAGAACUCCAAUUGGACUAAAAUUAAACUCUCAAAAUUUAACUCUGUGCAGAGUAAGUUGGACUCCCAACUUUCCCCUAAAUUGGGCUUAUUACGAACCAGUUUUUCAUCACCAGCUUUAGAAAUGCAUAGUCCAGUGACUCAAAGUAUAUUUGGGGGAACAAAACCCCAUGAUAAACCUGUAACUUGCAACCAGGAAAAAAUGAAGGAAACUAAUUCUGGAGAAGUUAAAAUUAAUGAUAUUACAGUUGAAAUUAAUAAAACCACAAAAAGGGCUCCUGAAAACUGUCAUUUGGAUAAUCAGAUAAAACUUUCUUCUGAUCCACCAUUGGAUAAUCAGAUGCAACAUUCUUUUGAAUCAACACCCAAUAAGAAUUUCAGCAUGUGUUUGGAAUCCAAGCUGGAAAACAGUCCAGUAGAAAAUACUACAACUGUUUCAACUUCGCUUAGUCAAGCAAAAAUUGAUAGAGGAGAGAAUGAAUCUCCAGGUUCAGCUCCCAAACAGCAUAGUAUGCUCAAUAACCAAACAUCUAAGAACAGUGAUAACAGGGAGGCACCACCAAAUCAUUCUUGGCCUAAGUGUAAUUCCCAUUUGGAGAUAACUAUUCCAAAGGACUUGAAACUAAAAGAAGCAGAAAAAGCUGAUGAAAAACAGUUGAUUAUAGAUGCAGGACAGAAAAGAUUUGGAGCAGUUUCCUGUAAUGUUUGUGGAAUGCUUUACACAGCUUCAAAUCCAGAAGAUGAAACACAGCAUCUGCUUUUCCACAACCAGUUUAUAAGUGCUGUAAAAUAUGUGGGCUGGAAAAAAGAAAGAAUUCUGGCUGAAUACCCUGAUGGCAGGAUAAAAAUGGUUCUUCCUGAAGACCCAAAGUAUGCCCUGAAGAAGGUUGAUGAGAUUAGAGAGAUGGUUGAUAAUGAUUUAGGUUUCCAACAGGCUCCGCUGAUGUGCUAUUCGAGAACUAAAACCCUUCUCUUUAUUUCUAAUGAUAAAAAAGUAGUUGGUUGCCUAAUUGCAGAACAUAUCCAGUGGGGCUACAGAGUUAUAGAAGAGAAACUUCCAGUUAUCAGGUCCGAAGAAGAAAAAGUCAGGUUUGAAAGGCAAAAAGCCUGGUGCUGCUCAACGUCGCCAGAGCCUGCAAUCUGUGGGAUCAGUCGAAUAUGGGUAUUCAGCAUGAUGCGUCGGAAGAAGAUUGCUUCUCGCAUGAUUGAAUGCCUAAGGAGUAACUUUAUAUAUGGCUCAUAUUUGAGUAAAGAAGAAAUUGCUUUCUCAGAUCCCACACCUGAUGGAAAACUGUUUGCAACACAGUACUGUGGAACUGAGUACUAAGGAGCUCAUAAUCAUUUGAAUUUUCAGAGUGCAGCCCCAACUAUUAAUAAUAUGGAAUACCAGCAUCUAAAGUAACUACUUAAAAAACAUUGUUAAGACCAUGAAGUUGUAAAGCCAGAAGAAACCCUGAGAGGCCAUCUGCCCCAGGUAAAAUUGUUUUAGAAUUAUUUCAAGUAUUUUAUUUGCCCUAUAUAAUAAAUGUUCCUGGAAUAUUGCACAAACAGUGGGUCUCUUGAUACAGUCUGCAUUAGGUCCUUUCAGCAAAACCGGAACAAGUGAAAUACAUUCAUAUCUAAAGUAAACUGCUUUAUCAACAUACUUCUUUACCAAAAAUUCUGCUGUACUAAAAUUAAGGAGUAUUUUUAAAGCAUAUGUAAGGCAGGUCCUCUUUGAAGGACAAUUUAAAAGGGUAAGAAUUUAAAGGGAAUUGUUCAUUUCAAAAUAUAUUUAAAGCGUUGCAAGUAGCUAUAUUAAAACCAUGAGAUCUGCAAAUCAUUUCAGUCUAAUACAUUCCAUCUUUUCACUAACUGUAAACUUAUUAUCACAAGAAAAUAAAGCUGGUCAAUUAACACUACUCGUUCUAAGUAAAUGCAGGCUUCCGAGGCCCCUCUCAGUAGUUUCAGGUCACAAACAAGAUUGAUUCAAGUAAAAAUGGCCAUUUUAAGGGGAGUAGUAAAAUGGUACAUAUGCGCUUAUGAGAAAAACCUCAAAACACUGUUUAAUGAUAAAAACUGGAAUAAUUUAAGUAUAGACAUCUAAUAUAGUUUGUUCUAGCAUAUAUUCAAAAAAUCUGUUUUUGAUUAAAAUAUUUGAUGAGAAAUCUGUAGAAACUUAUGCUUCCUGCUGUGACAUUGGACAGACACCUGAUUUUAAUUCAUCAAAAAGACUCUUAAUGGAGUCUUCCUUACUCCUCACAGAAGAGCCAUUGGUGGGAUUUAGUAAAACAAUCUCUUUUCCUAUGGCUCCAUAUUCCCAUUUCAGCAGUUUCUGUUGUCGUCAGUUAAGGCAGCUCAUAUUCAGUGUAUCUUGUAAAGGAAGCUUUGCUUGAGUCCCUGAACAGUAACCAGCUAGUUCCACCUCACAACAGAAUCUCAGCCUGACUUUUAGGUCCAACUGCUUAAUUUCCAACCAAAUAGGGUGAGUGCAGGUUAACUGUUAAAAGCUGCAGUUAAUUGGCUCAAGUACUUAAUCAGAUUCUUGCACAUGAUUAAUCACUGUUCCAUACUUUCAUUGAUACGGUGUGCUUAAAGACUUGGGAACACUUAAAGAGUGAGAAAAGCGAAGGAAUUAAGUUAGAAGAAACUGUGUAAAUGCAUAUAGUGCCUGUUCUGCAUUUACUGGUUUGUUCAGUUUAAAUAGUAAACUCUUAACUCCUGUGGAAAUUUUGCCAAAACUUUCAAUACAUAUAAGAUUAUAAAUCUUAAACUAACACUGCACAGAGAAAGCUACUUCUUUUUUUAAAUACAAAUAUCUUCUACAUUCUAUCAUUUCAGACCCCUGAGUAAUACUGUACCAAAGUACAGAUCCGAAGAGAAACUGAGGGUUCAGGCCUCAAACGUUAAUCUUCAAUUAGUUCCACACCAAUGGUGUGUCUCAUGUAACACAUUCAGGCUAGCUAAUGCUGAGUCAAUUUCCCCCUAACGUAGUAUGUAGAAAGAAAAUCAAUGCAAACUCCAUGUUCAUUCUCCAAAGUGUAUCCUCCUCAAGAUCCCAUGGGCAGACCAUAUCUUAAGUAAUUGCAUAACUGCCUAGGGUGGAGUUUACCUGAAUUUAAGGUCCUGUAAUUGGAAUUGAAGGAGAAUGAUGUUCCCCCAAAGACCUGGGUCAGAUUUGGGGAGUUCUUUGGAGAAUAGACAAAUAUGUUGCACUUUGCUCCACAGUGAUUGUACUUUAAAGAAAAAAAAAAAUCCCAAAUAGUUGUUUCUGUCCCACCCAACCUAAUCAUCCCUU